UUCCAACCGCAGCAUAGCGACCGAGCUUGACUACGGGGGAGAACCGCACACAGCCACUUAAAGGAGAAGACAACAUUUGAAACAAAUGAGAAAGAAACGCGCUACUUUUAAAAGAAAUUGACGAAAUGCAGUGGAAGUGAUAUGAAUGCAUCGACAAAACUAGAAGAAACGGAAUAUGUGUGUGUGGAGUAACUGUUUGCGUUCCCUAUAUAACGAGCUUUUGGGCUAACAAGCUAGCACAGUUGUCGCUAAAACAUGGUGGGCAGACACUGAGCGAAAAAAACCCUCUAGACGCGUUCAAAUACUUGUGGAUAAUGCUGAAGAAUUAAUUCGUUUGCGGUUUUUACUGCUCGGAGGGAAUUUUGUGGACUUUGAAAUUGCUUUUUGGUUUUUGUUUCUUGGCGGAAAACUCUCGCGCACGACCUUUGAAAGUUUCGCGUUCUGACGUUUCGCGCAAGUUAACCAUCAUCCAUCAGGCUCCGCCAGAAAAGAUGAUUGAUUGAUGCAUUGCGCAUUUGACCGAGAAUGCACAAGAAACGAAGAAAUUCUCACCAUAAGCGCAACUCUUGCGGCAAAGUUACCCGAUUCAGAGCAUCCAUCAUACCCUCAUCCAUUCAUUUCACAGCAUUCGCUCUUGAAAACAAUGCCUAAUAUAUAGACUGCAGGAACUGAACUUGAAUAUUGGAAACCGUGUCAUGGAUUAUGUGGAGUACAUCUCUGUCUAAUUAAUGGCAUUUUCCUUAUGCGUUAGGUUUAAAUUUGGACUAGUCCAUGAAAAGCAACACAUGGUUUGCUUUCAAAACAAUUUAGAAGACUUACUGAGAAAAUUACAUGGAGACUAGUUGGUCAUGCCAAGGAAGGAGUUACCAUUGCCAGAGGGUUGGGAAGAGGCCCGAGAUUUUGACGGGAAGGUCUAUUAUAUAGACCAUAUUAACCAAACCACCAGUUGGAUUGACCCAAGGGAUAGGCAGACUAAGCCUCUGACUUUUGCCGACUGUAUUGGAGAUGAGCUGCCUGUGGGAUGGGAGGAGGCCUACGACCCCCAGAUUGGAGCCUAUUAUGUCGACCACAAUACCAAGAGCACUCAGUUGGAGGAUCCGCGGGCCCAGUGGCAGCGGGAGCAGGAGCUCAUGUUGCGUGAUUAUCUGAAUGUGAUUCAGGAAGCGUUGAGCGCCCAAAAGGAGAUCUACCAGGUCAAAGAACAGCGACUUCACCUGGCCCAGCAGGAAUAUCGGCAGCUAAAUGAUGCUUGGCGGGACAAAUCAUCCUCACAGACAAGCUUAAAUUCCAGAUCCUCAUCAAGCAGUAAAUAUGACCCUGAAAUCCUCAAAGCGGAGAUCGUUACAUCAAAAAGCCGGGUAAAUAAGCUGAAGAGAGAUUUGGCCUGUAUGAGGCAAGAACUCCUUUAUAAGGAGCAAGGCUUUGAGACAUUGAAAGAAAUUGAUCACAAAGUUACCAGUGCCUCACAUGGCUACAAACUGCAGGAAGCCCAGGCCAUCCUGAAGGAAGUGAAGACCAUUAAAGAUGCCAUCAGCUCCGGGGAGAAGGAGAAACAGGAGCUCAUGCAGAAACUGGCUGUGCUGAAGGAUGGUUUCCAGUUAGAUUAUGGCUCUCAGUCUGACCUGUGGGCCAGCAGUCCCUCCUUGGCCAACUCAAACCUCUCUCUGCCUCGCCUCUACUCAGACGCCGAGUCUCAAACAGAUGUACCUGCUGAGUUUGCAUCAAACUCAAAUAAACUGGCUGAGAAGGUACGACUGAGUCUGAAAUAUGAGGAGGCAAAAAGAAGGAUUGCAAAUAUAGAGGUCCAGAUUGCCAAGCUGGAUAGCGAGGCAUGGCCAGGCCUUCUGGACCCUGAGAGAGAUCGUCUGAUCCUCAUCAACGAGAAGGAAGAGCUGCUAAAGGAACUGCAGUAUGUAACACCGUGUAAGCGCGCCCCCAGCGAGGCAGAGAAGAUCGAGUCUGAAAAGAAGCGACUCGAGAAGGACCUGCAAGCUGCACGGGACAACCAGAGCAAAGCACUGACCGAGAGGUUAAAGCUGCACUAUAGAAGAAGCAAACUAGUGAAGGAGCUGGAAGAGAUGGUGAGGUUGGCGUCUUCCCUUGAUACCCAGCUGAAAAGUCUGUCAGCCAGCACGCUGUCAUGUUCCUCAGGCAGCAGCCGUGGAUCGUUGACUUCCAGCCGAGGAUCCCUGGCCACCUCCAGCUUGGGCUCCACUUCCUCUCUCAGCUUCACAGACAUCUACCUGGAGCAGCCCGAACUGGGUGACCCUGACUUCCAGAACAAACUGGACUCUAUAUUGCAGGAGGGAAGCACCUCUGGCUACAGGCCCUCCAGCUCCAUCACCACCAUCCAUGAGAAUGAGGUCUCGUCCUCCUCCAGACAAGUCGGCAGUGGGCCGGGGGUGGGCCAGAGAACCCAAGUACUGCGGCUGUCAGAGACACCUCGCUCCAUGAACUCCCUGUCCCCACGUUCCUCGCUGUCUUCCCUUUCUCCUCCUUGCUCACCCCUUGUUACCGAUGCUUGCUUCAUGUCGGGAGAGGCCUUCUCUGGUCCUGCCUCACAGUUGGAUUUAGAUCUGCAAACCAGGCUGAUGGAACUACGGUUAGAAGAGGACCACCAACAGGGUGCAGUAGAGUCUUUGAAAGAUGCUGUUACGCAAACAAGGAUGUCAGGGCCGGGAUCUAAGAAGGCAGGAGUAACGUCAGCAGUGUCUGACGAAUCAGUAGCAGGUGAUAGCGGGGUAUACGAGCCCUCAGAGAAAAGGUCGGGGCUUCCUGUUGAGCAACAGCUGGGUUAUGAUGACGGGAGCUCAGCAAGCAGUGCUCAGAUCAAACUCGGCCUGAAGUAUGAAGCAAAAGAAAAGAGGUUCUCCGUGUUCGUAAUGCAGCUCUCCAACUAUAGUGCACUCUCCCUGCCAGCCAACCAGAACAUAUAUGUCCGUGUGGUGGUACUGCCAUGCUCAGAGCCCGUUCGUUGCCUGUUCCGCACCCACGGGGCUCUGUCGCAGGAAACCUUAGAGUUUAAGGAAGCGUUUAGCCUGCAGAUGUCCUCCAUUGCACUCAGACAGAAGACUCUACGCAUUGAUGUCUGUAGCACCAGUAAAGCUGGUCGAGAGGAUUGUCUAGCUGGUGCUCAGAUUAGUUUGGCUGAUGAAGAGUAUUCAGAGGAGUGGUGCACCAAGUGGUACAACCUCCUCAACUGCACAUACGUGCCAAAAAUGGAUGGAAAGCGCAAGGAAAGAGAGGUCUCUGUUCAGCAGGAGCUGGCUCCCAGCACCUCAGAGGGCACUGUUGCAUGCCUUGAGAACGCUCCUCUGGAGGACUGCCCCGCAGAGGCUUUGGAGGGUGACGUGUUUGUGGAUGAAGAAGGUAGUGAUGGUGAGGAGAACGAGGAGUUCUACCCCGAUGACUGCCAAUGGGAGCAGGAGGAAGAGCCAGCUAAACCUGGACCAACAGCAGUCGUUACGGAAAAGGUGAACAAACAGACAUGUGUGGAUGGUCUCCCGCAAUCUGCUUCGGUCGUUCGGCCCAAGGAGCGCCGGCGACAUGAUGUCCAUCAGCAAAACCCUUUUAUGCGAGGAAACACCAUCAUCCGGUCCAAGACAUUUUCCCCCGGACCUCAGAGCCAGUAUAUCUGCAGGAUCAACCGCAGCGACAGUGACAGCUCCACCCUGUCUAAGAAAUCUCCCUUCGUCCGGAACGCCUCAGAGAGACGCAGUGUUCGAAUGAAGAAGCCACAGAUGCAGGUCAAAGGUCUGGACGGUCUCCUGCGCACUUCUCUGGAUCUGGAGCUGGACUUGCAGGUCACUCGGACACGGCACAGCCGACUGAACGAGGAACUGCAUGUGCUGCGGGAGCUAAAGGAGCAGUUAGAGAGUGCCCGGAAGCAGGGCCAGCAUGUCCUUCCCACAUGGGUACAGGAGGAUGAGCGCUUUCGUCUGCUGCUCAAACAUACAGAGAGACAGACCCACGAAGAGCAGCUACAGGAACAGAGGGUAGAGAAGAUGAUGCGAGCAGCAGCCAAGGAUGUGCACAAGAUUCGUGGACAGAGCCUCAAGGAGGUUCCUGGGGUCCAGUCCUUCAGAGAGAAGAUGGCCUUCUUCACCAGGGCAAAGAUAAACAUUCCUGACCUACCAGCUGAUGACGUGUAGAAGAUAUCCAUCUCAACUGCUGUUUCCCUGGAGACAAAACUGACAUCUGGCAGUAUUAUGAAGAAUAAAGAAUGGUGUGACAGGAGAAUGUAUGUUGGGCAGGAAAAAUGUAAUUUUAAAACACUGGGUUUUAACUCUAAGAACUGAAAAUGUAUAGAUCCGUUUUUUGUUUUGUUUUCUUAGCUAGAUUUAUUUUUUAAUUUCACCAUGUUCUGUUACUAAUAAGAGUAUGUCCGUAGCUGUACUUGGUAUUUUACUGGUCAUUCAAAAACACCAGCUCGUCUCUGAAACGAGUGUGAAACAUGCUGUUCUGCUAAUUGGGCAGAACUGCUUCCGGUAACUCUUGAAGAUGUGAAUACAGAUACUUAGGGUACUACUUAUGUUCAUAGCACAAGGGUUCAGGACAAAAAUGAAUGGGCAUAAAUCCUACUAUUCCAGUCACGUCCCUCUAAAACAAGCACAUCUGUCCACAUUAAUGUUCAGCCGUUGUUGUUGUUGUUUUUUUUCAAAUGUGUAAACGGUUACAGAUUUUAGCAAGCAUGAAUCUAAAGCAUGAGUUUAUUAGACCGGUUAGUAGACUAAAUUGAUUGCUAACAGUUCUCCAUGUUCGUUUUGUUAAUUGCACAUGCAAACAAGACACAUGCUAGUGCAAAUGUUCGUAAAAUGAUGUAGAAACUGCACUUAGUUCCACAAACUCUCAGGUAGAAUAUCAGAUAGUUCAUGCACUUUAAUAGAAAAAAGGCAUCAAUAUAGAAAAUUAAGCAAAAAAGCACAUUGUGAACACUAAGAUCGUACUAUCCCAUAUACUAGCUCUUGUUGUAUCUUUGGAAAACUUUAAGCGUCUUUUUAGGUUAUAUUAAUUUUCCAUUCUAGUUCCUACAGUGGCACGUUCUAAUAGUGUUUCAUUUCUACUGCUUUGGAUGUCUUCUAAUUUAAAACCACCACGUCUGCAGGUUUGCUCUAGAGUACAAACUUGUCUUUGUAUCUAUUGAACACAAACGGUAGCAUCAUUUCAUUCACAUCAAAGCCAGUAUCUUAACAAAACUUAUUGGAAUUGCUACCUACCAGUACUAGAAGAGUCUUUGGUAUGUUGAAUCUAAAAUAAUCUGACCAUAUUUCACUCCAUAAACUAAAGAAAAAUAGGAAAUUAUAUUUUGCAUAAGAUUUGCAUUAAAUCAAUCAAAUGAAUUGAAAUGUAAGAUUAUUUUGAUGAAAAUCAAGCAUGUUUCGUCUAAAUUCGUAAUACUGUAAUGUGAAGGAAAAACUCAUUUCCGUUUGGUAGUGUCAUAUGCAUUACUGUAAUGAGAAUAAUUUUUUUCUCUCUCGUUACUAUCUCAUCUACAUAAUUUUUUAUGAUGUAAAAUUAAGUACUAUCAUAAUGUAUAGCUAAUUUGUUCUUUGUUGUUUUAUACAAUAAAGAGAAAAAUUCCUUUCAGUAGACUAGUACCUGAAAAUAAUCCAAUCAAAUC